UGUCAAAAACUACGAAAACAAAAAAUUCCCAUCGCAUUUCAUAAUAGUCUGGUGAAAAAUUUCAGUUAUCUAUUUGAUAUGGUAUUGUUUCAUAUUUUCUACAAUAUUUGUUCCAACGUUGUUUCAAAAGUGUUUUCGUUUUGCUGAUAAUGCAAAGAGGAUUAGGACGAACAGAGAAUUUUCCUACGUCUGACAAUCAACAGCUCGCUGAUGUUAACAAUACGCUUAAUUAUUUUAAUUUCAACUUUUGUGAAAAUUCUGAAUCAUCACGUCACGCUAUUCCAUCGAGUUCACCAAACUGUGACACUAUAAGUGCACCUUUUGAAUUAGAAGCUGAAUCCCGUCAAAAUAUAUCAUUUGGAUACCAUCAAAUAGUAAAACCACCUAGUAAAUUUUUUUCCAUGCAAUUAUUCGACAAGAACAUGCCGGGACAGCAACAAUUCAAGGAGAAGUCCUUGGCCGAAAUUGGCUUCAACUCAACAGAGAUCAACAACUGGGACAAAAUUGUCCAGCCUCACAAGACAGACCUGCUUGUGCUGCUUGAAAAAAUGAUUAAGAACUAUGAGAAGACCAAUGUCCAAAUUCGAAUCAAUGAUACCACUUUUAAUUGCCACAUGAUGGUAUUACAAUGUUACUCAGAUUUCUUCAUGGAACUGAAUAACGAACAAUUAGUCGUCCUGCCUGCCGACAAAGUCACCCCGCAAGCCUUCGUUAUGGUUUACGACUGGAUGCUGUCCUCGAAGCCAAUGGUACAGCGGGAAGGCAUCUUGGAGCUGUUCAAUGCUGCACAGUUUUUAAAGAUCAAGGGUCUUGUGGAUCAGUGCUGGGUAUGCUUGGACGACGACGAGCGUUUCUGUGAAGACGCCGCAUUUUUGCUGUAUCUGGAAGCAAGGAAGUUCGGUCACGAACUCAUACAACAAUUGAUGUUGACAAGGAUUUGCAAAUUCUUCCUUACACUGGUGGCUUCCAAGGAGUUUUUGGAAUUGACUCCAAAAGAAAUUUGCACCUUACUUCAAUCUAAUUCGAUUGGAGUGAACACAGAGACAGAGGUUUUAAUGGCAGCCGUUCGAUGGCUAAAUUUUAACUGGGCGGAUCGGGAGCAAUAUAUGUUGGAAGUAAUGGGUUGUGUGCGAUUUGGUUUGAUGACACCAUGGCAACUUGUAGAACUCAGGCGAAAUUCGGAUUCUCCUGAAAUACAGCGAGUAGUUGAAUCUGGAGCUGUUCAGAAGAUGAUUGAUGAUGGCCUAUCCUAUGUAACCACAAAAUAUUGGUAUGCAAGUAACUCGGAAAAUCUGUUCCAUUUCAUGGAACGAUUGAACCUAACCGAACCAGUGGAAAGACAAUGGGUCCGGGACAAGACGUGGUCUGAGCAUUUCGAGUGCCCAAAUCAAAUGUAUAGUUCAUAUAAUUCAUUUUUGGAGUAUUUGGAAAUGAUUCGCAAUAUGGGCAAGGAUCAUUGGAAAACACUUCAGUGCCACGAGGGAACCCCAAAUUUGAUGCAUCCACCCCCGCCUCCUCCACCCCAGAGUCGAAAAGAUCAGUGCACGCAAGUUCAGAUAAACAAAACACAUAACAAACACGGACGAUCAGAUGAACUUCACCGAGGUGGUAUGCAAUCAGUAUAUUACCAUUCACAUGGUAAUCGAAAAAACACCCACGUACCAAGCCUUCCCCAAGGCUUUACAGGCGACCCUACGCAAGAAGAUAAAAAUGUAGUUGAAAAUAAAGAACAAACCGGAAUAUCGAUGAAAGAUACAUUCACCGACGGUAUCAAAAUUUUAAUGCCACUAUUCCCAGUUAAGCAGCUCCUGCCCAACGUGUCCUCCCACAGUGGAGAAAAAACUAAUUCAGAUGGAUCCAAAAACGAAGUGAUUGAUGUGACCCGCUAUCAGAUCCUUUUGUUCGGCGGAAUCGACCCCUUCAACACCACCACGUCAGACCAACAAGGCAAGAGCGUUCUUCAGUAUAGCAUCCGAACAAACAGUUGGAAAAUUUUUACAAAUAUGCCAGGAUCUCGUCAUCACCACUCUGCAAUAUUUUAUUCUGGAAAAAUUUUUAUAAUUGGAGGAACCAGACCAGCAUAUGAAAGUAUUUUACCGACCCUUUCAGAAUGUGUAUGGAGUUUUGACCCUAAAAGCUUACAAUGGCGGAAUGAAAAAGAUUUGCCCUAUCCAAGACGAGAUUUCGGAUUGGUGGGUACCAGAAAAGGAAUCUAUUUGAUUGGGGGCGAAGACGGCAACCGAGUCUUUCUGGCUUCAACAAUCUUUCUUACACCUGGAGAAAGCAAAGCUUGGAUUGAAGUUGAAAAGCUCCGAACCCCUAGGACUGGUUUAGCAGCAGCUCUGGUAGGCAACAACAUCUACGCAGCCGGUGGUAUUGUCGGCCUGCCCAACAGCGGGGUCACAAAUACUGUAGAAUCGUACGACUUAACUACUGGUCACUGGACUCAAAUAAGUAACUUGAGGAAACCACGAAGUUUCGGCAAGUUUUGCGUUUUAUCGAACUCGGAAGUUUUCCUAAUCGGGGGUGUAACAGUUGAAGGCAACAGAUUUCUAUCACUUUCAUCUGUUGACAAAUUGGACCUUAAGACAAAAGCAUGGACGAAGGAAACAAAUAUGAAUUUUGCAAGACAUGGCCACGACGUUGGUGCUUUAGAUGAUAAAAUUUUAAUUUUUGGUGGAGUUUCUACAAAUAAAAACCAAACCCUAAACUCUGUGGAAUGUUAUUCAACGACAACCAAAAGAUGGAUUACAGGCAUCCGAUCACUUCCUUCCCCCUUAUCGGGCAUGGCAGCUGUAAUAUUUGUUUAAUGGAU